AUAUAUGAUAUGUCACUUUGACAAGUGAGCAUUUUAAAGAGUCAAAGAAUAUGAAAAAGUGAACUAACGUUACCUACUGGAAAGUAUCAUUUCGAGUGGUUGCUAGGAGACCACUGCCAACACAUUCGAACGGAAAGAUGUCGACUAGUUACUCUGCAAACCAGUAUCAAAGUGCCUUUAAGUCGCAAAAGCUCCAGAAUUGGACCAUCCCAAAACAUUUCAAAGAGAGACCAUCAGCAGCAGAAGGCCACACUACAUUUAUAGCCACAGACCGGGGCCGCCUUCUACCUGGUGUCAGAACAAAGAGUGAAAGUGCAUGGCCAGCAUUCCAAGGCACAUGGGAUUUACCUCGGUAUAUCCCUCCUGCUUCCAUAAACCCCACUGCACGUUCACGAAAGGGCCAGGAUCGCCUCAGGACCUGGGGACAGAUGAAAUUCGCCACAAACCAGACUCAUGAGGCCCCUGAUGACAGCCAGGCUACAAACAGAACCAUUUACAAUGUGGAAAACAUAAAUGUGGACCAGCCUGCAGAAGAGUCAAAAACGCUAGUGAGUGACCCAGGCCGAAAUGAACCAGAGAGGCCCAAAUCACAUCACAGCCAAGACCAGUCUAAACCAACAAACCAGCAUGCUCAGUCUAGCCCAGUAAACCUUCUUGAAAACCAAACCCAGUCUAGACCAGGAAGUCACCACAGCCAGCAGGCUCCAUCCAGACCAGCCACUCAAGAGAGCCAAGCUGAGUUAAGACCACCAACCCAGAACAGCAGACCAGCAUCUCAGCAGAAAUAACACCAUUUAUAAUCAAAUUUUAAAAGUUGUUCCAUUAAAAAUGGCAUUAUGUAAGCCUACCACUUCUUCGAAAAACACUUUUACUUUACAGAUAUUAUUAUUUUUUGUGUUCCAUUUAUUUAUAACUGUGCUUUCUGUUUGUGCAUACUUCAAUGUUUGUGUCAGAACACAUUAACUGAAUUGUUUCAAUGAAGCUAAAGCUGAUUAGUUUUACUAAAUGGCUUUUGUAAUGGAAUCUGCUUUGAUGAAAUACUGAAUGCAGAGUCAAGUAUUGCCAGAAAAUAUAUCAGAGUACCUUGAUAUCUGUAUUUUAAUAAUAUCCUUUAAAAAAAAAAAAAACAUUGCAAGAGAUUUUAAAUAGUUUUUGUUUAUUUGCUCAGUAAUACAAUAGGCCCCUUAAGACACAACAUCAGCUUAAUUCACUAGUGAUCGGUUUAUGUUUUUGGUGCUUGGAAGCCAAUGAGUGUUUUGUGAGCAGACGCUGAAUGCUUGGGGAACUGAAGGGGAACUUGCAGGGUUAGUUCACCCAAAAACCAAAAUUCUGUCAUCAUUUACUCAACCUCAUGUCGAUUCAAACCUGACUUCUCAAAGAUAUUUUGAGAAGUGUCUCGUUUUUUUUUUUUUUUAUAAUAGUCUAAACAGUGGGAGUCAGUAGUCUCCAAAUCUGUGCAGUUACCAUUCUUCAGAAUAUCUCCUUUUGUGUUUUGCAGAAGAAAGAAAGUCAUGCAGGUUUGGAGUGACAUGAGGGUGAACUAUCCUUUUAAGAGUUCCUCUAAGUCAGUCAUCAUGGGCUCUAAAGAUUAAGGCCCUUGUUAAAACAUUCUACCAUUCUCUGUUGAUAAACAUACAAUAAACAGCUGCAUAUUCAAAUCA